AUGAAAGUUUCAACUAGUGUUAUUUCAAAUGUUCAAGUUCCAGAAACUUUAGAAGAGUCGUUACCAACAGACAAAAGGAAGAAAAUGUCAGAAGCUGAAGAAUUGAAUGAAACUUUUGGUAUUAAUGAAAAUGAUGAGGAGAUUGAAGAAAUUAUAUCUGAUGAGUCAAAUAGGAGUACAAGGUUGAAAUUUAAAUUGCCUCCUAAACCACAAACAAGGGAUAAGAAGAAGACGAACAAGAUUAGAAAGUCAAGUAUCGAAAAUCAUUUGGUUGCUAAUACGCCGUUGAAAGAUUCAGAUAAUGAUGUGUUAUCAACUCCUGUUGGUUCAUUUGAAGAAAAUCGAAAUGAGAUAGUAAGUAUUAAGAAAAGAAAACAACCAAUUAUUGAAAUAGCUCAAGAACUGAACCAGAAACAAGUUGAUGCUGAUAAAACUAAAUCAAUUGAAACAGCAACUCCCAAAAGAAGAAAAUCACCAAUUAUUGAAAUAACUCAAGAAGAAUCGAGUAGGAAAGAAGAGGUUGAACCUGAAAUUGAACAAAGUUAUGAUUUUGAACCACCAGAGUCUGAGUCUAUAAUUAGAGCAUUAACACCAAAACAAGAUUAUACUGAAUUAACAAAUUCAUCAACCCAUAAAACUUCUGCUGGUGAUGCUUAUGAUUUUAUAAAUGAAGGUGUGAAAUCAUAUUCUAAUAAUUUAAUUAAUCAAUUGAAAAGUAUUGAAUUUGAAGUUUUAAAAAAGAAGAAUGAAUUACAAGCUGAAUUAAACAAUGAAAUGAAACAAAUUGAAGAAAAACAGAAAAGGAAAUUAUCUGAAAUUUCAAAAUAUGUCGAAGAUGAAUUUAAGAAAUUAAAAUAA